AUGUUGCGGUUCAGGUUCGACCUUGACGGCCUGCCGGUCCUCUUCCCAUACGAUUACAUAUACCCGGAGCAAUAUGCCUAUAUGCGCGAUAUUAAGAGGGCCCUGGAUGCACAGGGACACUGUCUGCUGGAAAUGCCGUCAGGAACAGGGAAAACGGUAUCGCUGUUGUCGUUGAUUGUAGCAUAUCAGCAGUUCUACCCGGAGAAGAGGAAGUUGAUUUACUGCUCGCGAACGGUGCCCGAGAUUGAAAAAGCCCUAGCCGAGUUACAGAGGUUGAUGGAGUAUAGGAAAAGUCAUGGAUUACAAGAGAAGUUUCUGGGUCUCGGACUCACCUCGCGCCGGAAUCUAUGUGUGCAUCCCGAGGUCAGCAAACAAAAAUGGGGGAGUAUCGUCGACGCACAAUGUCGAAACCUGACCGCGCCAUGGAUUCGCGAGCAAGCGAAGGAGAGUGACCCGGGAGAGGUCAAGACGUGCAGUUUCUUUGAGUCUUUGGAGAACGCGGAUGAAACCGCUAGCAUGCCUCCGGGCGUCUACACGUUGGAAGAUUUGAAGGAAUGGGGCCGACAAAAUGGCUACUGUCCAUACUUCCUUGCUCGAAGGAUGAUUGCCUUUGCGAAUGUCGUCAUCUACAGUUACCACUACUUGCUAGACCCGAAAGUGGCGGAUUUGGUGUCGAAGGAAAUGGCGAAAGAUUGCAUUGUCGUAUUUGACGAGGCGCACAAUAUUGACAACGUUUGCACGGAAUCCCUGAGCAUGGACAUCACCCGGCCCAUCUUGGAUGCCAGUGCGCGAAGUGUGCAAGCACUAGCUUCUAAAAUCGACGAGUUGAAGCAAUCGAACUCGGAAAAGCUGCAAUCGGAGUACACCCGGCUCGUCGAAGGACUGCGGACGGCACAGGAGUCCAGAGCCAACGACGAAUUCAUGUCAAAUCCAAUUCUCCCCGAGGAUAUAUUGCAGGAAGCUGUGCCCGGGAACAUCAGAAGAGCAGAGCACUUCGUUGCAUUCCUGAGGCGAUUCAUUGAAUACCUCAAGACCCGACUACGAGUCAUGCACGUUGUUGCGGAAAGCCCUACGUCCUUCUUACAGCACGUCAAGGAAAUCACAUAUAUAGAUAAGAAGCCCUUAAGAUUCUGUGCGGAAAGGUUGGGAUCCCUUAUCCGCACUCUGGAGCUCACGGAUCUGGGGGACUACCAGGCCUUGCAGAAGAUUGCCGGGUUUGCGACUCUGGUUGCGACAUAUCAGAAAGGGUUCAUUUUGAUUCUGGAGCCCUUUGAGAAUGACACAGAUACCAUUCCCAACCCCGUGCUACACCUAUCGUGUCUCGACGCCACUCUAGCGAUCAAACCCGUCUUCGACCGGUUCAGCUCCGUCAUCAUCACGUCCGGAACACUCUCACCAAUGGAACUAUACCCCACCCUUCUUGGAUUCCAACCCGUUGUGAUGCAAAGUUAUCAGAUGACCCUGACGAGAUCUUGUUUCUUGCCCUUGACCAUUACUCGAGGAAGCGACCAAGUCGCCAUCAGCUCCAAGUUCGAGGUGCGAAACGAUCUCGCUGUGGUCAGGAACUUCGGAAACAUUCUUCUCGAGUAUGCGAAGAUUGUUCCCGAUGGGCUCGUCUGCUUCUUUCCGAGUUACCUGUACAUGGAGUCUAUUGUCACGGCUUGGAAUGAACUGGGCAUGCUUCAAGACGUGUUGAAGUACAAGCUGAUAUUCAUCGAGACACCUGACGCCGCCGAGACCAGCUUAGCCUUGGAGAACUACAGACUGGCGUGCGACAAUGGACGUGGAGCAGUUCUGCUUUCCGUCGCGCGUGGGAAAGUCUCGGAAGGUGUGGAUUUCGACCACAACUACGGACGAGCUGUGAUUCUGUUCGGGAUUCCAUAUCAGUACACGGAAUCUCGGAUACUGAAGGCAAGAUUGGAGUUCUUGCGAGACAACAGCAAGAUCCGCGAGAACGAUUUCCUGACGUUUGAUGCCAUGCGGCACGGCGCUCAAUGUGUUGGACGAGUCUUACGCGGUAAAACGGAUUACGGGCUCAUGGUGUUUGCUGAUAAGCGAUUCGCACGCGCCGAUAAACGCAGCAAACUGCCCAAAUGGAUCAACGCGGGCAUGACAGAAGCCUGCGUCAACCUCUCCACCGAUAUGGCCAUCGCCAUGUCCAAGAAGUUCCUGCGUAGCAUGGCGCAACCGUUCGAGCAUAAUCAGCUGGGCGUAUCGCUAUGGGACGCUGACGAGCUGCAGAGGCGGCAGGAGAGGGAGCGGGCACAGGGGAAGGAGGGGCCGGGUAGAGUGGAGUUGGGCGUCACGCCUAUGGAGGGUGUGCAAGUCCAGGUGAAUGGAUAAGGUGGCUGCGAUUUUUGGGAGGGCGUAGAGGUUUCCGUGCAAGGGAAGCAACCACGAUUACCACACCAUGGCGUAGAUCCAAAUUGGGAAAGGGCAUCGUUUUGUAAGCUUAGAUAGUUCUGUAAAUACUUGUACCGUUGGCAGCAUUAGGCAUAUCAUCACACAAAUCAGUGUUGUUCAAUCGCCCCAGUAACCGAGAUGCCAAUCAUGGGAGGUAUUUAUACAGGUUUUAUGUG